ACAGCGAGCACGCACCAGCAUCCUUGGCACUUGGCAGCGAUCUGCUUGCUUCUCCCAGCGCGCGCGGCCAAGCUAGUAGGGGUCUAGGGGAUCGAUCAGAUAUCCACGCCAUGGCCGCCGCCUCCACCACGUCGAGGACCAACUCGCGGGUGAACUACUCGAACGAGAUCCACGACCUCUCCACCGUGCAGAGCGGCUCCGUCGUCCCCACCUUGUUCUACCCGGACAAGUCCAUCGCCGACAUCUUCCCGCCGCACCUUGGGAAGAAGGUGAUCUCGGAGGUGGUGGCGACGUUCCUUCUGGUGUUCGUCACCUGCGGGGCGGCGUCCAUCUACGGCGAAGACAACAGGCGCAUCUCGCAGCUGGGGCAGUCGGUGGCCGGCGGGCUCAUCGUCACCGUCAUGAUCUACGCCACCGGCCACAUCUCCGGCGCGCACAUGAACCCCGCCGUCACGCUCUCCUUCGCAUGCUUCCGGCAUUUCCCAUGGAUUCAGGUGCCCUUCUACUGGGCGGCGCAGUUCACGGGGGCGAUGUGCGCGGCGUUCGUGCUCAAGGCGGUGCUCCACCCCAUCGCCGUGAUCGGCACCACCACGCCGUCGGGGCCGCACUGGCACGCGCUCCUCAUCGAGAUCGUCGUCACCUUCAACAUGAUGUUCGUCACCUGCGCCGUCGCCACCGACUCCAGGGCGGUGGGUGAGUUGGCAGGGUUAGCAGUCGGUUCCGCGGUUUGCAUUACUUCCAUCUUCGCAGGGCCGGUGUCGGGCGGAUCGAUGAACCCGGCGCGGACGCUGGCGCCGGCGGUGGCCAGCAACGUCUUCACGGGCCUCUGGAUCUACUUCCUCGGCCCCGUCAUCGGCACGCUCUCCGGGGCGUGGGUCUACACCUACAUCCGCUUCGAGGAGGCCCCCGCCGCCAAGGACACGCAGAGGCUCUCCUCCUUCAAGCUCCGCCGCAUGCAGAGCCAGCUCGCCGCCGACGAGUUCGACACCGUCUAAAUUAAAACGCCCACACGCGCAUCCACAACACUGUCAGCCUGCAGGUCAACUCUUCGCGCGUACGUACGCUGGACGCUGGCUGAGAGAGUGAGUGAGAGAGAGAGAGAGUACUGUACUACUGUGUGCUCGCUCGCUCGCUCUGUUCAAAGACCUCAUCAUAUCAGGUGGGAGCUAGAGAGAUAGAGCUGCGUGUAUGUAUGUGUGUGUGUGUACGUGCUUGGUGUACCCUACCUAGCGGGUGAGAGCAGCUAGCGUGAUGUUUAUGUAUCUUCGUCAGUGUUGCAAAAGUUAAUUGAUAUGCAGCUGAUGUGUCUGGCUUUGCUGGUUUGCAAAAGAUGCAUGCAUGUGUUGGAACUCGGAACACAAAUAUAUAUAUGGGUUUUUUUUUGUCU